AUGUACGGAUUUUUUGCCUCGACUGUGUUUAGAAUAGGGCGCACAUAUUUUGCAGCACAACCAACACUUCGUGAACCAAUAUCACUCCAAAAAUUUGAUCGAGGAUUUAUAUCCACUAAAGAUAAUGCUAUCACAAAUGCCAAAUUUCCAGCAUUCAAAAUUGAUGUUAGAAACAAUGAUGAAGAAACCAAAUUCUGUCUAGACUCUAAGUGUUAUAACGAAAUAAUCGAAUGCGAAAGCGAAUUUGAAAUUUUAUGUAAAUCAAAUUUUAUACUAGAUGAAAAAGUUUCAGGAAAAUUACCUUGGCUUUCUAUCUUUCUUGGUAUGCCACGGAAAGAUUCAAAGGAAAAGCUUAAACAUUUCCAAAGACCUAUCAAGUAUUCAUGUACCAAAUUUCAGAAGGCAGUAAUAGACUUUUCAAAGUCAUGUUUCACUCCAAGAGAUGAAUUUCUCCAAGAAAUUGACAAUGCAUUGAAUGAAGAAACAAAUGACAGAAAAAUAAUGAAGCUUCGCGAAAUUUCUGCAACUUAUGGCCAUUUUUAUGCCCAACGAAUUUAUUUUGGAGGGGCUAUCAUUCAAACAAUCAAAUCCGAAAGUUCAAGUGAAGACCUUGAAGCAGAAACUAACGUACAAAAUAUUAGGACUGAAGCUAAUUUAAACAUCACCCACGGAGCUAGAGACCAGACUAAAUCUAAUAAUAAAAGCAUGGAUUCAAAGACUCGAAUCAUUGGGGGUGAUCCAACUAAAUAUUAUGAGUGUGGUAUAGUGAGUUGGCAAGAAUCUCUUAAGGAUGAUUUUUUUAACUGGGAGAUAAUUGGAUAUGACAACAUUUAUCCUAUAUUUGAAAUAUUGGAUAAUGAAAGACGAAACAAAAUUUUAAAAGUUUUAGAUCAACGAAUUCUAAAAGCAAAUGUUGUUGAUAUAACAAUGAAUUUAGAAAGGAUAGAUCCAUAUGUUUACCCGUUGAAUGAAGAACUAACAGAAAUCUCAAAUAUCAACGAAUGUCAGAUUUUUGCAUCAAUUAUGAAUGAAAAUAAUAAAGAUAAAAAAGUAUAUGCCUUACAUGUAAAUUAUGCGGCUGAAAAUACCCCAGUAAUUGUUGUUCAUCUUGUCCAAAGUAAGAAGAGAUCCAAAAACAAAUCAAUAAGAUCUAGGAAUAAAUCAAAGUCAAGUUCUAUUAAGCUUGGUUGGAUUAUCGUCGGUCCUCCAACAUUCUUUGGUUUCGACUUGACCGAGUUUCCAGUAAUACUCAAGAGUUGUAAUUGUUCUAUUUCAAAAAUGAAUAAUCAAUAUAUAGCAACCAUUCCUGAACAUCAAGGCUGCAUAUUAGGAACUUGUGUGCUAAAAGCAGAAGAAGUAAAAUAUCCAAGCAAAUCGAAAGUUAUUGUAGGCUCUCAUUUUACAGGCGAAAAAUCAGCAUGUUUAUUUGCUUACAGCCUUGAAAAUAGAACCGAACCAGUAGAUGAUGAAACCGUUUCUCAAAGAUUGACAUUAAAUUUCUGUACUGUUGAAUCAAAUUCUGGGAUACUUGAAAAUUGUAGCUUUGGUCGGAUUCCCGUUAAAUGGCGUAAUAGCAGGAAUCAAUCAGCAAUAUCUUAUGGUACUAAAGUUGAA